CUUCCGCAAUAAGCUGUGUGUACUUCGUUAGCCUCUUGGAGACCCGUGUUUCACUCAUUUUUGAGAAUAAGCGCGUUUAAUAUCGAGGACAGAAACAGCGUGCAGCUAAAAACGUUCCUUUAGAUGUGAUGAGUUCAUGUAUAUUUACUUUAUUGUUUCUGCAUAACAACACAGCAGCUUUAUUAAGUGGACCAGGAAGCGACGUUAGCGAGAGGAAGCUCAUCAACGUUGGCUACAUGUUUAAACAAAGCUGUAACUAACAAAGAAGCUGUGCCCGCUUUUUACAGUAGAAGAAGUCAUGAAGUUGGUGUACAGUCACGAUGUAGGGCCCUUCCUGGUGUGGACCCUGGUGGUUCAGCUGGCACUCUGCGGCAGUGGGGUUUACGCCGCGGACGGUACAAAGAACUGUAAACUGUUAACAGAUUCUCCCUCAGAACGGAAAGCCCUUGACCGACUAGAGCCACUCGCCCAUACAAACUUUACAGCAUUGACCGAGAAUGGAACUGAGAGUUACACAUACGUGUUCCAGUUGUGCGGGGAUGCAGGGGGGAUUCAAGGAGCUGGAGUUAUUCAGUUUGAAACCAAGAAAACUGAAAGUAAACCAACAGUGAUUGGCAUGUAUAAUGCAACAGAGGCCAUUGGAGGAAGUGACUGGGUGAUGUUGAUCUACAAAGACGGCGACAGUUAUGAUGGCCACUGCUCCAAGGAAAGGAGAAAAGCCAUGGUCAUGAUCUCUUGUGACAGGACAAUAAGUUCGGACAAGAUGAAAGUGGUGCUGGAGGACAGGCAGAGGAAGCAGGAAUGUUUCUACCUGUUUGAGCUGGAUUCCAGUUCAGUGUGCCCACCUAUUGAAUCCCACCUCAGCACUGGCUCCAUAAUACUCAUCAUUGGUCUCUGUCUCCUGGCUGUUUAUCUCCUGGGAGGUUUUCUCUAUCAGCGACUGAUUGUUGGAGCCAAAGGAAUGGAGCAGUUUCCCAAUUAUGCUUUUUGGGUGGAGGUUGGCAAUAUGACAGCGGAUGGUUGUGACUUUGUGUGCCGGUCACGAAAUCGUGAGGAGGCCCCGGCUUACAGAGGAGUGGCAACAGAGCCAUUAGAAGAGGAGCCAGAGGAGCGAGACGACUGCUUACUACCUAUGUGACAUCCAUAUGUCAGGAAUGGGACAGACAUGUUCACUAUGUGACACGGCAUACUUUUUCUCAAGCUUCAGGUUAUUGGUAGACACAAGUCUUGUUUUUCUUGUGCUGGUUUAGGUUAGGACCUGUCAACUCUUUGCUUGUAUUCAAAACCUGUGCCUAAGGCAACUACUGUGUGAUCUGCUUGUCACUUAGGAGGGCAUGUCACGCAUUGGGCUGACCGACAUGUCUGCUCUUACCAUACCCCAUGCAUUUCCUUCAGCUGUUUGCUGUCAAACAAGUGAGUGAUUCAUCCAAGACUACAAAGUGACAAUAAAGACUGACACUUCAAUGGAAAAUUGGCACAAAGGGGAGAAGUUAAGGAGUUGGGUUUCUGAUUUUAACUCAAUGACAUAUUGAUCGUCUUUUUCCGCUUAGCUAAUGAUUGAUCGUUGUUUUUUUAAAUCAGUGCAGGUUGCAGCAAGCUGUUUUUUCUGCGUCAUGGUUCUGCAUUGACAGUUGCAGGUUACAAAACACGAGUGCUUUUGCUUGUGUCAUUUGGCUUUAAUCAGCUUGUUUUUGUGUUUUAAAAGUAAUAUGAAAAUGUUUAAUGUUUAGUUCUGUUACUAUGUUCGCACCCUUGCUACAAAGGUAGAAAUCACUGCAGAAACCACAGCUUGACUGAACUUGAAUUUAGCAUUUUCUUUUCUUACACAUUGCUAAUGUCUACCUAACAUUUCCAGCUUUCUGACUGACAUCCAGGCUAACUUACAUCUUACGUUCUUCUCAGAAAGGUCAACCUUUUCUGUUUAGUUGAUGUGAUAAACUUACAAGUUUGGUGUAUAACUAAGGAAUCCUACUAUUUAUCAGUGAAUUAUAUCUGAAAUCACUAUUGUUGGCUGUUAAUGCUACUACACAGUGAUGGAUAUUUAGAGGGAUAUUAAUUCUGCUAUUCAUAAUGUAUGAUUUGAAAAAGUAUGGUUUAUAUCUACAUGCAUUUUCAAAGUAAUAUAACAUUUGCAGCAGAGGAACAAUAUUCAUACUCGCAAAAACAUUUAAUUAGAAAACGUAUAUUUGGUAAACACCAAAUGCACACAGACUAACACUAUGAACAGUAAACAGCCCCCUUUUCUUUUUUUUUAGGAGGAUAAAGCUGCAAUGUAAGCACUUCAUUUCCUAUAAACUUUCGGCAUUCAAGUUUUUUUAUGGUUGUAUAAAUGUUACAGCUCUGAGUAUAAAAUAAUAUGAUGGUUAUGUCGAAAUGAUGUUAAAGUUUCAGUUGUGAAUUAAAUUACCAUAUUGUGAGAGAGCGCACUUAAGUUUGUUUGUUGAAUUGUUUAUUUUUCAUCAUUUGCUUUUUGUGUUUAAUGGAUUGACAUUUUUUUGCUUGGUUUGGUGAAGUCUGGUGGAAAUGGUCACUCCUGUGGAUGUAGUGAAAUUACCAACCUCUAGAUUGACAUAUAGCCGUUUUAGUUCAAGCAUGAUUUCCAACCAUCAAUCUUUCUGUUUGUUUCUUAAAUGAAACAUGAAAGUAGCAUAUGUGUGCCGGUUGUAGUGGGGAAAUAAGUGCACACACGUGUACUCAUCACCUCUGGAGAUUAAAUGAAUGUAAAAUGUUUUAAUAAAAACAUUUCAUGCACAGUA